CUUCAAAAUGUCGAGAACGCGUACUGCGUACAAACUUUAAUGUCGCAUGGCAGGAGACAGCAGAUCGGAGAAGAGAAAAGUUAUCGAUAGUCGAGGACACGAUUGUAUGUACCGUGUAAAGACGAAUAUCUAGCCUUGUCCUUGACAUAGCUUACUAGUGGUACUACUAGUUUGACAACUUUCUUCCCAACCAAAUGUUCAGAAUGGCUACACGCAGCGAGAGUUUGGUACCACCUAAGGUGGAUGACAAUUUUAUUUGCUCGAUUUGUCUUGAAGUAUACCGCAAACCUGUCACAAUUACAUGUGGACACACGUUCUGUCGAGAAUGUCUAAAACCAUGCAUAGCGACUGCAGCACCACAGUGCCCAGUCUGCAGGGCAGCAUUUGAUUGUAAAGGGAAAGUGAGAAAUAAUGAAGUAGACCGCAGGAUGUCGUCUACUCAAACUACUUGUAAAGGCUGUGGAACAGUAAUGAUGUAUUCUAAACUAAGGUCCCAUAAUUCUACCUGUGUUAAAGUGAAGGAUUCCCCCAAUAUAAAAUUUAGUCCAGUAGCUGAGACGUCCCAACAGAUUCCUAACGAUCUUCCUAACCGAUCAACAUUUGCAUGUCCGAUCUGUCAUUUAAAGAAUUUUGAUUCAGCAUCACUGGUCAAGCAUUGUAACGAUGAACACGCUAAUGUUCUAUCAUCAGUGGUAUGUCCGAUCUGUGCCUCAAUGCCAUGGGGUGAUUCAAAUUUAAGAAGUUCCAAUUUUAUCAGCCAUCUUAACUUAAGACAUAAGUUUGAGUAUGAGACAUAUGUGGAUUAUGAAGAAGAUGAUGAUGAAAUGUUACAGGCUGCACUGAAGGCUUCACUACAAGAAUCAUCCUAGUAAUGAUCUCAAGUCUAUUGAAUGUUUCAUAAAACUUAAAAUACAACCACCUCGUAUGUGUAGAAGUAGUAACAAUGUACUCUUUAUUUUCAUGUAUUUAUGUUAGUUCAUGGGAAACCAUAUCUAACACGAUCCUUCUCCUAUGAAAUGAAUGUAUUGUUGCAAACAUCUAAAUGCACAUGCAAAUUAAAUGCAUAGUUACACCAAUGAAAAGUGUUUGAAUUGGUUAUAAAAAACCACCAUCUUGUUUCCGUCAAGUGCAGGCUUGCUUCAGUAUUCCAAUAUCUUGGGAUUUGUUGCCAAACAAACUAAAUUUGUCAUUUCAUAAUUACAAUAGUUAGU